ACGGUCAAGACAAUGGGUAACAUUGACCACUCGAUCACGGUCAAGAAAACAGCCAAGCAGCAUCGCAUAGUGAUAAACCCCACUGGUGGUGUGUAAUAUAGAGGAUGGGCACCAUGACAGUUCCAUGGAGCUUCUGGAGGUCCUGCUGGUCUCUGUCCCUCUUCCUUAUCCUGGCUCUGAACACACACAGCGCAUGGUCCUCUCCAGAUUUCUCCGUGUACCUCCACACAAUACUUAGAAACCACACUGCUCAUGCCUGUGAUGGAGACACCCUUUCUAUCAAGUGUCCCUCCAGAACCUCUGUGUCCGUCCUGUCAGCAUUCUACGGACGCCGUGUCCCCAGCAAGAACUUAUGUCCCCCUGAAAACACAAACAUGACUGAGGACAACACUGGAUGCACUUCCUCUGUCGCUAUCCAGAAAGUGGUGUCGGAGUGUCAGGACCGGCGUUCCUGUCAUAUACCUGUCAUUAGCCCAGUGUUUGGUCAGGACCCCUGUCCCCUCACCAGCAAGUACCUCAUAGUGUCCUACAAGUGCCGCCCAGAGCACCACCGUACUAGGUUGGUGUGUGAAAACGAGAGACUGAGGCUCGUGUGUAAGAAUAACACUGUCCUGGCUAUCUACUCGGCUACAUUUGGCCACCUGCUGCACGGGAGUCCCAACUGUCCUCAGGAAACUGCACCACAGCCUGACAUGGAGUGUCUGUCACCAUCUGCCCUGAGGAAGGUGUCACGCAGGUGUCAUGGCCGAGCCAACUGCUCAGUGCUAGCUGACACUCAGAACUUUGGGGACCCAUGUUUUCCUGGCACCAGGAAGCACCUGAGAGUGUCCUUUACAUGUGUUCCUCGAUAUCUCUUGGAGGAUGUGGGACGGAGCGGAUCAACAUCAGACCCUUUCUUGAUCUCAGACUACACACAUGGAGGCUGGUACACUGGCCCCGGCAUCAUCAGGCCUCAAAACGUGCUUUAUACCAACUCUCUGGAAAUUUUUGACAAAAUACUGGGUCUUCCAGAGAGAGUGGCCCUCUACUUUGUCUCAGGGAUCUGCGCGGGUCUAGUCUUCCUGCUCUGUCUGUUCGGCCUGCGCUCCACCGUGGUGAGGGACAUCAAGGACUUGGCAACAGAGCUGGGGGAUGAGCUCAAGGCCAGCCGCAGACCCCGCCGGGAAGUCAUGGAGGACCAGUAUGACGACGACACCUCUGAUGCCUCCUCCUUCCGCCGCCUCACCCAGUCCUACCGUGCGGCGGAUAUCUUCAGUCCAGCGACCAUGACGGUGGAGAUGGUGGAGAGGGAGGGAGAGGAGAAGGAGAUGCCCAAGUUCGGAGACAUCUGGCCCCACAGGGACUCUAGCCCAUACGCCAUCCAUAAGAUAAUAGGGAAUAGAAUAGAAUAUCCAUAAAAUAAAAGCCUGCAGUGCCCAAGAAUCCACAGGAGUAGAGUAGAAUAGAAUCAAAUUGAAUAGAAUAGACAUAAGGUAAAGGCCAGCAGUGUCUGAAUAUCUCUAGGUAUUUUAUUGUAUUCUAUACUAUACAGAAAAUAAAAGGCCUGCAAUGCCUGAGGAUCCACAGGAAAGCUUGUGGGAAUAGACAGCAGCAACACAUUAAUCAUGGACUGAAAAUGAAUAUUUAGUAGACAUUAUUUUAUUGUAAUUUCAUGUUAUCUAUCUUUCCUUAAUGUACGUUUUAUAUGAUUUGGUGGCCUAACCUCAUAUUCAGAUAAUUGGAAGAAGCACACACAUAAUAACAAGUUCAACAUGUUUUUAGUUGGUGGGUUUCAAUAAACGUAAUAACUUUUUGCCUAGAA